AUGUUUCUUCGCCAACUCGACCUGACGACAGCUCUUCGUCCGUCUUUGUUGCCUGAUGAAACUCUCCUAUAUGUCCAAGAUUCGGUGGGACUCUAUGAGGGUAAAUAUAAAAUUCCCAGCUACCAGGAUGGCCAUGCAUACUUGACCUCACAUCGCAUAUGCUAUGUCGGCAAUCAGGAGCCGCGGAAGUUUUCCAUCUCCAUUGAUCUCAAGGAUGUCGACAGGCCAGAGUUCUAUGCCGGCUUCUUAAAAUCAUCAGCAAAGGUCACGCUGUAUCCGAAAGCUCCAAAACAUAAUGCUUUGGCUAUCAGGAGUCCAAAACCUGGUUAUCCAAGUCCGGGUAGUUCGUUGGGAUCUACACCACCGAGCCGAUAUGCCACUCCAGGACGCACUGUUGCACCCUCGCCGGCGCCCGUAAGGGAUCCGAACGCGACUUGGAUAUGUCCCAUAUGUUCAUUUGCGAACCCCGUCCCGUCCAACUUUGAUCCAAGCACUGCAAAUGAUCGGACACCUUUACCGCCGUGUCUUGCUUGUGGUAUCAAGCCUCCUCUCGUCCAUGUCGUCAAAGCAGCCAUCGCAGCAUUGUCAAAUCGAUCAAGCGGUUCAACCUUCACACCUACCCCUGCACCGGCCACAAAUAGCCCACUAUCAUCUUCACCACAGACACCUGUGGAUGUGUCUCUAAACCAAUGUCCACGAUGUACCUUCUCAAACCACCCCUCCCUCAGCAGCUGUGAGAUAUGCGGCGCAAAACUCUCAAGCUCAGCAGACAGACGCUCCCAGAUCAUCGAAAGCGCCAUCACGCGCCCAGAAUCACCAGCCCCAUCCCUUCCAACCUCAGUCCUAGGCGACACAACUCCAGAAAGUGUCAAACUCUCCUUCCGCGCCGGCGGCGACAAGAUCUUUUACGAACGCCUAAAAGGUGCUUUAGUUCAACGAAAAUGGCUGCUCCAAAACGCACCUCCGAUACCUAGAUCCCACACCGGCGAGUCAAGUCAAACAGCAACAUACUCAGCAACCGACGGCUACACACCCACACCCCCACCCCCAAAAGUGGUCGGUAUAGCAGGCCUCGAGCAACGAAGAGCAGAAUUGCGCAAGAACAACGAAUUCGUUAUCGGCAGCGCCUUCGAAGACCUCGAAGCCCUCAUGACCUCAGCAAAGAAGUAA